AAAAGAAAAAGAAAAAUCGAAUUCGCCAUUGUAUUGAAUAAAUUUGAGCCACUGCAACGAAACGGUUUUCUGCCUCAGGUCUUGUGUGUAGUGUGUUUAUAGUGCGAGUGAUAUUUAUCUAAAACAAAAGUGCAAUAUUUAGUGAUUUCUAUUUCUUGUGUGAUAAUGGCAACGGCGUUUCUGCCGGCCCCAGUGUGAAUUGUUAAGACUUUAGUGCAGUGAACCCGAGGGCUCGCCGCCUCAAAAGUUAACCAACCACAAUGAAAAUGGUGUUGUCACAACGGCAGCGAGAGGAAUUAAAUAAAGCGAUCGCCGACUACUUGGGCAGCAAUGGGUACAACGACGCGCUGGAGGCGUUCAAAAAGGAAGCGGAAAUGACCGGCGAAAUGGACCGCAAGUUUGGCGGCCUCCUCGAAAAGAAGUGGACGUCCGUCAUCAGGCUGCAAAAGAAGGUGAUGGAACUGGAGUCGAAGCUGUCGGAGGCACAGAAGGAGUUCAUCGAAGGCGCUCCGACGCGCGCCAAGAGAACGCCCACCGAGUGGAUUCCGCGGCCUCCGGAGAAGUUCUUGCUGACCGGACACCGAGCUACUAUUACCAAGGUAAUAUUUCACCCAGUUUUCAGUUUGUUGGUAUCCUCGAGCGAGGAUGCUACAAUCAAAGUGUGGGACUUUGAGGGUGGCGAGUACGAACGAACCCUGAAGGGACACACUGACUCCGUUCAGGACAUAGCUUUCGAUCACCACGGAAAGUUACUUGUAUCUUGCAGCGCGGACAUGUCUAUCAAGCUGUGGGACUUCUCGCAGACGUACGAGUGCAUCAAGACGAUGCAGGGCCACGACCACAACGUAUCGUCCGUGGCGUUCUCGCCCAGCGGGGAUAUUGUGUACUCCGCCAGCCGCGAUAAGACUAUCAAGGCGUGGGAGGUGGCUACCGGGUACUGCGUGAAGACGUACAAGGGUCACCGCGAGUGGGUGCGCAUGGUGCGAGUGUCGGCGGACGGCGCGCUGCUCGCCUCCUGCUCCAACGACCAGACCGUGCGCAUAUGGAACGCCGACACCAACGAGUGCAAGAUGGAGCUGCGCGAGCACGAGCACGUGGUUGAGUGCGUCUCGUGGGCGCCGGACGCCGCCGCCGCCGCCAUCAACGAGGCCGCCGGCGGGGACAACCGCCGCGCCGCACACGUCGGACCGUUCUUAGCCAGCGGCUCCAGGGACAAGUCUGUUAAGAUCUGGGACGUCGGCACCGGUCAGUGCCUCGCCACGCUCGUGGGCCACGACAACUGGGUGCGCGGCGCGGCGUGGCACCCCGGCGGCCGGUACCUGCUCACCGCCAGCGAUGACAAGACGCUCCGCGUGUGGGACGUGGCCCACGCGCGGUGCCUCAAGACACUAUAUGCUCACCAGCACUUCGCCACCAGCCUCGAUUUUCACAAGAACUUGCCAUACGUCAUAUCUGGCAGCGUCGAUCAGACCGUCAAAGUUUGGGAGUGUCGCUAAGAGCAUUGCCAUUUUAGUUAACUUAAACUCACCGAUGAUAUCUUUAUCAUUUUCACAUUAAAGGAACUGCAACAGAUGAGAAAAUUGUAUGCGGUGUUUUUUGUUGUAACAAACAGAAGGUUAAACUUUAUGUAAGCAAGUCUGGGCAUUCUAAUUUUGAUGAAGGUUUUUUUAAUCACAAAAUAGUAGCACAAUUCUUUGCAAAUGUUUUGAUAGUGUUUUUUUUUAUCUAUAUUCUACUUGAGAUCAUAGUGAAUAGUGCCAUUGUAUCAAUUCAGAUUAAUAUCAAUAAUUACUACUUAUAUGCUGCUUAUUGUAAUCAGUAUAAACAUAUAACUGACUAAUUAUAAUGGCACAUCUUAAACGUUUCUAAUCAUACAGCUCAACUUUGCUUACAUAAUAGUCGGUGACACCUAUAGUUUUGAUAAUUUGUUGAUAUUGAUUCGUCCCACUCAUUGUCGUGAGUUGUUACGAUGUUGCUAUGUUCCGUUCACCAAUUGGACUCUUCAUCGCUUAUAGAAACACAUUCCAUGAAAACGCGAGUGCUCAUAGUUUAGUUGUGAUUAGUCAAAAUAUAUACUCAAAGAUUACGAAACUUAGUUAAUAUCAGUCUUUCGAAAGACGGUUAAAAAAUGGCAUAGCAAUCAUCAGGUACGUUCACACAAUGAGACGAGGAGUAAAAGCUGUGUUAUAAUUUAACAUUUCAUUAUUCUGUUUUAUUUUAUAGUUAUUUUUAUUAGUAGGAGCGUUUAGAUGUAACUUUAUUUGGUAUGAAUAGUUAAUAUAAUUUUCUUACGUCCACUCUAGAGGAACUCGUACCUUGUUUAUUGAUAAUUUAGUUUUAUUAAAUUUUAUAUAAAUGGGUAUUCAUGACAAGCUGGAAUUAGUUUUUGGAAGUUAUUUAUCAUCUGUGUUCUGUGCAUAAUGAUGCCUGUGGGUCUCCCGGGAGCUUCAUUAUGUGUGUUAGCUCGCGCCAACAUCAUCAAUGAUCGCCGUCUCGCUAAUUCUGUUCGUACCGACGAGUGGGCCUCGUGUAGAUUCAAAGAGACUUAUUUUAAGUUUUGUUUGAUUCAAAACUUUAACUAUAAGUUAGAGUGUUAUAUUUUAAAAGGAUUUUUUACUAUUUAUUUAUAUCUGCAAUGUUUAAUGGAUGUCUCAAACGCCUGUUAGCUAGUACUCUGAAUUGCUAGUGAGCCGGUUCGCCGGAUCGGUUAAGUUACGCUGUCAUACCAGAGUUUUACGUAAACUGAAGUGUGUGAUAUAAUUAUUAAUAUUAUUAACGCUAUUCGUGGUAGCUACGCAAAGAAUUACCGAUGCUGUUUCUUUUUAGAUAUUUAUUAUAAAUCGAGGAGUUUGGUUGCCCGGUAUUCUCUAGGAUUAAUUGUAGGUGUAGUCGAGUAUUGUCAUACUAUUAGAAGCUUGCAGUGCUAGCGUAUGAAUAUGUUAGCUCAGAUUAUGGAGUAAACCUGGCAGAAAUGAAAAAUCAUAAGUGAAACUAUGCCAUCCUAGUAUAACUACUGUGCAUUCUUACUGGUUUAAUCUGUAUUCUGAGUGUGUAAAGUAUGUUUAUGAAGCCUUUCUACCGCACUGUGUUGCUAAAUUAUGAGUGAACUAAAUCAUCUAUUGCGGUAGAUGUAGGCGAUAUGCUUAAUCAGUGUAGUAUCCAAACGAUAUGAGGAGAUUAUAUUAUGAUUCAUAACAUAGGUAGGAAAGUCCUUUUGUUCGAUCCUCCUUGGUUAGUCAUAGAGUAAUUCUCAUUAUAAUUUGUACAAUGAUUUCAUAUUUAACUCACCUCGUUUGUAUGGUUCCUUUUUGUCUAUUUUUUUUCGUGUCUAUCGUUUGUACAUGUUAGUAACUUUGUGAAACAUUUGGAAGUACUACCUAUUAUAAUCUCCUUGUGAAUAUUUUAUAUGCAGUAGUUUAUGAUUUGAUGCUUGCGGAUUAUUGUAUGUCUAACAUAAUAUAAAAAUUAUUCAAUUAUAAAGUAAAUAGUAUCGCACUCAUGUUAAAGCUUACAUUUAACAGAAUCCUCAGGCUACAUAAACUCAUAUUAAAGUAUACCGAAACUUUUCAAUAGGAGGAUUUUGUGUAUUUAACCACUCAAACAUUGUAUUUUGUCUAAAUUUAUAUAGAACUACAUACCGGAACUUAAAUAGAAUUUGGUCUAAUAUUUUCUGUAAAUAAAUCAAAUAUGUAAUAAUUUAA